CCGCCCUGGGACAGGACUCAGGAGCCACCACGGCCCCAGGCACGCUGUUGGGAGCUCACAACGGCCCGCUGUCCCCUCCGACCCCGGGAGCAGCCAUGGCAGAGCUGUGUCGCACAGAGUCCACGCUGACGUCGCUGGACGAGGAGCAGCUGUGGGAGAUGCUGGAGAGUCACCGUUGCCGCAUCGUGAGCAGCGUGUGCCCCAGCCGCCUGACGCCCUACCUGCGCCAGGCCCGCGUGCUGGGCCGGCUGGACGAGGAGGAGGUGCUGCACGGCCCCCGGCUCUCCAACACCGCCAUGCGCGCUGGGCACCUGCUGGACCUGCUCAAGACUCGGGGCAAGAACGGAGCUGUGGCCUUCCUGGAGAGCCUCAAGUUCCACAACCCCGACGUCUACACGCUGGUCACCGGGCUGCAGCCCGCCGUGGACUUCGGCAGCUUCAGUGGGCUCAUGGAGACGUCCAAGCUGACCGAGUGCCUGGCGGGCGCCAUCAGCAGCCUGCAGGAGGAGCUGGCCCAGGAGCAGAGGCAGAAGGCGGCGCUGCGGGAGCGCCUGGGCCUGGCCGAGGCCCGCGUGGAGAGCCUGCGCUCGCUGGAGGCCGACCACGGCCGCAUGAAGCGCGAACUCAGCGCCCACUUCCACGAGGUGCUGAAGCUCAAGGAUGAGCUGCUCAACCUGUCACUGCGCUACAGCAGCGCCCUGCAGGAGAAGGAGCUGGCCACCACGCGCUGCCGCGGCCUGCAGGAGGAGCUGUACCUGGUGAAGCAGGAGCUGCAGCGAGCCCAGGCGGCCUCCUCCCGAGAGCAGGAAUCUCUAGAGCGCUCCCUGGAGAUGGCCGGCAGCCUGGACUCCGAGGACGAAGAGCUGAGCCGCCUUAAGGAGGAGAACCAGAAGCUUCGCUCGCUGACCUUCAGCAUGGUGGAGAAGGAUAUUCUGGAGCAGAGCCUGGACGAGGCCCGGGAGAGCAAGCAGGAGCUGGUGGACCGGAUCCACUCGCUACGGGCUCGCGCUGUGGCCGCUGAGAGGCAGCGCAAACAGUACUGGGAGGAGAAGGAGAAGACGCUGCUUCAGUUCCAGAAAACCCAGGUGGACUGCGAGAUGUACCGGGAGAAGACCAGCGCCCUGCAGGACCAGGUGGUGGAGCUGCAGAAGGAGCGAGACCAGGCCUACGCAGCCCGGGACCGCGCCCAGCUGGAGAUCUCCCAGCGGCUGGUGGAGAAGGACUCGCUGCGCAGGAAGCUGUUCGAGCUGACCGAGGACACCUGCGAGCUGCGCAGACAGCUCCGGAAGCUGCAGGACAGCCCACCUGAUGGCAGCCCCCUCAGCUCCACCGAGUUGGCCAAGGGGAGCCGGGGACUGGGCGCCCAUACCCUCAGGCUGUGGUCAGAGUCCAGUACCAUGGCCAGCUUCCGCUCUUGCAGUCCGGUGCCGCCUAGCCAGCAGUCCCUGUACAAGCGGGCUGCAGAGGGCCUGCUGGAGGACCCCUGGUCUCUGAGUAGCCCUCCUGAAAUCCUGGAGGCAGAUCUGAGGCCAUCCCCAGAGGACAGGAUGGACGACGUGGACCUGGACUAUGAGAUCGUGGACAAGGCAGGGCUUCCUGAGGCAGAGGGCACUGCCCAGCCCUGCUGCGCUGACCCCUAUGCCUCCCACAGCAGCCCGUGUCCCUCCGGGGGCAGCAUGCCUGUGCGGCGGCGGCCGGCCCGCAGGAUGCUGAGCCAGGUCACGGCGCUGGCCUUCCAGGGGCGCUCACUGCUGCGGCAGAUCAGCAUCAUUGGGGGGAACCAUGCUGGCAUCUUCAUCCACCGAGUCACCCCCGGCUCGGCGGCCGACGAGAUGGCACUGCGCCCGGGCACCCAGAUAGUGAUGGUCAACGGUGACACAACGGGGUCCCUGGUCAAGGCAGUGCUGGAGGACACCACCCUGGAGCAGGCCGUCGGGCUCCUGGGGCGGGUGGACGGCUUCUGCUGCCUGUCUGUGAAGGUCAACAUGGAGGGGUACAAGAAGCUGGUCCAAGACCUAGAGGCCAACGUGGCCACCUCAGGGGACUCGUUCUACAUCCGCGCCAACCUGGCCAUGGAGGGCCGGGAGGAGGGGGCACUGCAGGUGCGCUGUAACGAGGUCCUGCAUGUCACUGACACCCUGUACCGGGGCCCAGGCCGCUGGCACGCCCACCACGUCAGCCCCUGCACCAUGAGGGACACAGACCACGGUGCCAUCCCCAACUACUCCCGGGCCCAGCAGCUGCUCAUCGCCACUAUCCGGGACAUGACACAGCAGAGUGUGGCCGCCCGCAAGCAGCCCUCUGGGGGCCCUCAGAAGCUGGUCCGCUUCGUCAGCGCUGACAAAGCUAAAGGCAGCCCUCUCUGCUCGUCCUUGGACGGGGGCCCGUUGGACACCGAAGGUGAGGUUCUGGGGGCUGUGCUCCUGAUCCAGUGGGCCCCUCGCUUCCGGCUGUGGGCGGCUCCCACUCACCGGGAUGGACCCUCUAGGACGCAGUUGACCGGACCCCUGACCAAGCUCUCCAAGGAUAACACUCAUGGCCUCCUGGACUUGGGGCUGGCCAGUGUCCGCACCCUGCACCGCUGGGAAAUCUUCCCCAUCGUCCUCCUCAUCUCCUCUACCGAGAAGACCGCCCGGAGGCUCAGGAAGUCCCUGCAGCGGCUCGGCUCGUCUGAGGAGCAGCUGCUGGAGGCAGCCCGGCAGGAGGAGGGGGACCUGGACAGGGCACCCUGUCUGUACAGCAGCCUGGCCCCUGACAGCUGGAGCGACCUGGACACCCUGCUCAGCUGUGUCCGCCUGGCCAUCGCAGAUGCACAGAAGAGGGUUGUGUGGACCGAGCAGAGCCCCCGCUGAUGCUGUGCCCCUUCCCCCGGGAAUGCAGACCCCGUGGGCUCAGGAGCCGGGUCCACAGCAGACACUGCCAUGGGGUGUCGACCCCACUGACCUGGCCUCUUCGCUGCCCAUGGGUCCAGACCCCCAGGACAGCCCUCCCACCGCUCAGCGGCCUAAGCGUGCACCAUGUCCACCCUCAUCAGGGCUUGGCGUGAACUCACCCAGACCUGUGGAUCGCACUGGGUGGUUCAGCGGGCCCCGUCCCCGGUGUUUUGUGGCUGUCAGCUGCCCUCUGCAGCCCGCCUGCUCCCUUGACUUCAUGCUUCAGUGUCAAAGGGCUGUCCGACGGGCAGAGCUCUGCUGAGGGCCAGCUGCCCUGUGCCUGUGAGGUCCAUGCCCUCCCGGAGGACAAACCAAACUGUCGCUGUGACUACCAUUUCUCAGCCCCCGUGGCUAGUGAGGACAGCUGGGGCCUGAGGUACUUCCCUAUCAACACAGGCCCAAGGGACCGGGGAGGUGUCUAACCUGGGUCUGGGCCCAUGACGGGUCCUGGCGCUGCCUGGCUCUGAGACCACAGAGGUGUCAAAUGGUCUUCCUGCAGCCUUCCCCUCCUAAGUGCACCUCAACCUCCAGGAACCCCCCCCCACCUCCUAGAACCCCCGUGGGCCCCUUGCAAGACAGACAGCAGUGGCAGGGAUUUCUGAAACAGACCAAGUUCAGGUUGCGGCAUUAAAACCACGUCUAGAAAA